GCUGGGACUACCCCACUGUAAACAACAUUCCUUUAUCUAAUGCAAUUCUGACGAGUUUGAAUUUCUAAUUUGGCGAAUGAGACAAACAUAUUGGAAGCUUUCUGUUUGAAUAUAGAGACAAACAGGUUGGCAUAUGAUGACUUGCGUAGCCUAAUAUCACAGUAGCAUGGGUAUGCAAAGCAUUCAGUAACUUUUUGGGCAAUGUAGCUCGUGACAGUCCAUAGCUGGCUUUGUCAAAAUAGCCUAGCCUAUUGUAAACCCAAAGAAAAUUGCUUGCUUAUCAUAAACUCAUGUUUUUUUAUUGAAAUACAAAACGUAAUCGGGUCUAACGUCAAUUCACAGGCACUCCUUCGAUAUAAUGUUGUUUUUUGACGAAAAUUAAAACGUUUCAGUUUGUCACUCACGAGGUUGGAGUAAGAAUAUGUUCAACUACUUAAGACAUCGGCUCGAAUCUAGGUUGUGUUUUUAGAUUUCGAGAAAAUUAAGAACUAAGUAAUAUUUUUUCACUUCCCUCUGACUCUGUUUGGUCAGAUUUUGGCAAGAGUGAAACCUCUCGCUUCGCCUCUUCUUCUCUGGUGAAACUUAAAUCUCGGGCGGGAACGAGUUUACUUUUUAGUUUGCCGGUGGGUUUUGUACCGAGCCGGCGAGCUAGGCAAACAAAUAAGACAUAUUUGGACCUAACAUCAUUUAUUACUUUUGUAUAUCGAAAAGAUAACUGAAGACAGAUGAACAGUUGCACACGACAGAUUCUUAUCAAGUUUUGUCUUCUCCAUCUAGCUAACUACGUUACGUCGAGGAGGAUGAUGAUGAUAUCCAAGGGACAGAAGCGCAAAGUCGAUGAUGUCGUGGGGGGCAUGCGUAGCGGCACUUGGGAGAGCCAGCGGCAGUCAGUGCUUGGCAUCACCCUCUUCAAGUACCACCGCGGGCAGGAGCUGAUGGAGCCAAGUUUGCGCCGCUCGGUGUUGAUAGCCAACACCCUGCGGCAUAUACACCUAGAAAACAAGCCUCCAUAUGGGUUAGUUAACCUGGCAGGACCAGUGCCACCCAUGGUCCCAUCUAAACCCUGCAGCCACAGGGAGUCUGGUCUGGGUGUUGUAAACAGUGCCUCAGGUGUCGAGGACAAGAAGGAUGUCUGGAUGUCCUCAGAGAGUGACUUCUCCCUGUCAGGUGCUGUCUCCUCCAUUCUGAAAGAACUAGACUUGACUGUCGAUGGAGGACUAGGUCCUCAGGCACCUCAGAGGACACCUUUCAGAUCCAUUGAGAACCUACCUGGAGACCUGGGGCUCAAACAGAGCUCAGAGGGGUGUAGAACCUCAGAGGGGGUGGCUUUUGGUAGCGUGGAGGAGGUCAUGUGUUCCAGCUACCUGCAGGAUGGGAAACUAGAUGAACUUUUCCAUGACAUCGACACAUCGGUGUUUGACAAGGAGAUGGGGGUUAGAGCACUCUCUGCUGCAGCCAGUGACGAGCUGCUUAAGUAUUUACCCUCUCUGUCCUCCGUUCCGUCCGCUUCACCCUCUCUCUUCUCUCUCAACCAGAGCUUCAGGGACCUGAAUGAGCUGGAGCACAUCAUGGAAAUACUGGUAGAGUCUUGAUCACCAGAACUUUGAGGAAAUUAAAGCAGUGCGGCUUGGUUGGGUUGUGUUCCGGAGGACACAUGGCUCUCGACCUUCGCCUCUCCCAAGUCCGUGCGGGAGUUGUAGCGAUGAGACAAGACAGUAACUACUAACAAUUGGAUACCACGAAAUUGGGGAGAAAAAGGGGGUAAAAAAAAAGAACAAGACAUUGAAAUUGAGUGUUUACUCUGUCCAGUUGAUCACAUGGUUUAAUGAGUGAAAUGCGCUAUUUUUAUACAAAAGAAGAAAAAGCUGAAUGAGAGACUAUCCUACUUUUUCUAGUAGUGGUGUUUUAAACGUAGUAUUCUUUAUGCCUAGCUAUAUCAAGAGAUUAUAUUGUAAAAUGUUACUAAUAGCAAAGCAGUUCAGACUGAUGUCUAAGAAAUUAAUUAGUGGAUAGGUAGGAUUGCCUCAGGCAUCUAUUUAAUUGAAGGUAGAUUACCAUUUUUUUAUGUGUAAAAACAUUAACCUGAGGGGAAAUGUCAUCUUUGAAGAAAUCCCCUUCACUGGUCUUACUCCAGUAAGUAGAGGGUUAAUAUUGAACACAUUCUCACAUCCUUCAAUAUCAACUGAACUACAAUAAUACUGCAUUGUAUUGGUCAGUAUGUUCUGUAGUAGUAGUCUUAACUUGCCUAACCAGUAUGCAUAAUUAGGCUACAUAUUGAGCUGUGCCACUAACUUACAUCUAGCUUUACAAAUAUUACCUUAACCUGAGUUACUGGCUGUGAAAUGUCAUGGUGCUUACUGGUAGUUCAAUAUCAGGUUAUAACAGCUGGAGUUAAAAUAGAGGAAUUCCUCAGUUUGGUUCUGUCGUGUGUGCAAUGAUGUCUAAGGGGAAAAAUAGUGUUUGCUUGCAGUAACUUGGUUGUAUUAAUAUCCCAAACACAAGUGGCAGUUUCAUCAUCAAGGAUUUUAUUAAGGUCUAUUGUGUGGCAUUUUUAGAAAAUGUCUAACCAGGGUCAAAAUGGUUCAAAGGAUGAGUUAUUUUUAGAAAAUUCCUAUUUAAAUGUUCAGCUAAAUAUGUGAUCUAUAUGUUACAAAAUGGCAGUUUCUAUUUUUUAUAUUCUUGUUUAUAUAAUGUAUUUUGGCUCAAUGCCCUGAAAAAGCAAAUUAUGCUGACAUUUUACAAUGAAAGACAUGUAAGUGCACUGUCAAAUUUAUGCAAACACAAUGUUAAUAUUUUUUUAUACAUUCUAAAAUUAAAUGGGUUUGUGCCAGUCUUUUCAAACAAUGACACUUGUCUCAACUGCGCUACAGUACAGUAGAUUCACACCUUCGGUGGGGACCCUACUGCAGAACACUAGCAAGCAGCCAGAGAAAAUACUCAAAGUACCGUUCUGACCCCAAGUGGACAUUGUCAGAACAAUGCAAGUGCAUCGCAACGAUGCAAAUGCAGGUGGAAUUGUGCUGUUGAAUUGUUAAGGUGCAUGUGAAAAUGUCAUACGUAUGUAAUAACUGCCCAUAAUGUAAUCGCUGCUAAUGUAAUAACUGUUGCAUGUAUAAUGUAAUAAAUGCUAAUGUAAUA